CCAUGACACCCUCUUUGCCGCGUCAGACCUGGAGGCCUUGAGCUCGAUGUCUGCUGACCACAGCGUGGCCAAGAGCCUGAACUGCAGUGUGCGGCUCGUCCGCCUUGAGGAGCUGUCUGGGCAUCAGGGCGGGCGCAAGCGCCGGCCCGGUGUCUUGUGUGGAAAGGUUAUUCCCAACAAUGCCAAUAUGAUCGUCCACAUGAGGACUCACUCCGGGGAGAAGCCCUACCAGUGUGACCAAUGCAGUAAGCGCUUCAGUCGGAGAGAUGCCCUAAAGAUCCACAUGUCGACUCAUACCGGCGAGAAGCCCUACAGGUGUGACCAAUGCACAAAGCGCUUCAGUUAUAGCUAUGCCCUGAAGAUCCACAUGAGGACUCACUCCGGCGAGAUGCCCUACAAGUGUGACCAAUGCACAAAGCGCUUCAGUCAGAAAGGCCACCUGAAGAUCCACAUGAGGACUCACUCCGGGGAGAAGCCCUACAAGUGUGACCAAUGCAUGAAGUCUUUCUGUCAGAAAGACUACCUGAAUAGACACAUGAGAACUCACUCCGGCGAGAAGCCCUACAAGUGUGACCAAUGCAUGAAGUGCUUCAGUCUUGGCCGCAGCCUGAAGUUCCACAUUUCGACUCACUCGGGGGAGAAGCCCUACACGUGUGACCAAUGCCCGAAGUGCUUCAGUCAUGCUUCCGGCCUGAAGUUCCACAUGUUGACUCACACCGGCGUGAAGCCCUACAGGUGUGACCAAUGCACGAAGUGUUUCAUUCAAAGCUCCGCCCUGAAGCGCCACAUGAGAACUCACUCCGGCGAGAAGCCCUACAGGUGUGACCAAUGCACGUUGCGCUUCAGUCGUGUUUGCAACCUGAAGAUCCAUAUGAUGACUCACUCCGGCGAGAAGCCAUACAAAUGUGACCAAUGCAUGAAGGGCUUCAGUCGUGGCGGCGACCUGAAAAUCCACAUGAGGACUCACACCGGGGAGAAGCCCUGCGUGUGUCUGCAGUGCAACGCCAGCUACAGCGACCCAAGCAAUUUGCGUGUGCACAUGCUCAAGCACACUUCGGCACGGGGUAACGGGACGCUUUGAUUGAGACCUCUGUCCUGUAUUGGUUGAAAUUAGGGCUGCAACAACGAAUCGAUAAAAUCGAUAAAAAAUCGAUUACUAAAUGCAUUGGCAACGAAUUUGGUCGUCGAUUCGUUGAGUCGCGCGAUUAAUAAGUUACUCGUAGGCGCGGCACCGUGAACCAA